UGCUCGUAGUGGCAACGAUGUGGAUAGUGUUUCCAGAACGAUCAACUCUGGAAGCGGUUCUAGAACCCGCCCACUACCAGAUGCCCUGAGGUCAUGCAAUUAUGCUCUUGUCUGUCAAUACCCUGAAUGGAUGCUUUUGUGUAACGGUCGUGCCAGAUGCUAUCAUGCAUAUUAA